AAUUAAAUUGCAACCGUCAAUAAUCAAAUUAAUGUCGAUUUCAAAAUAAAUAUUGAAAAGCAAGUUGAGCUAUUACCAUGUCUGGUUUUAAAGCUUUACGUGAUAUAAGUAAACAGUUUGAAAAUGAAUUGAAACUUCACUCUUCAAAUCUAUUUUGCGCUAAAGUUGAUGAAAGUUUCGAAAAUGUUGUCGCUAAGAAAAUACGAGAUAUUUCAUUAAUCACAUCAAAACUACGAUUGUUACAGGCCAAAACAAUAUCAGCAACACCGCAAAUAAAGGAGACAAGCAAAGAUGAAAUCACAACUAUUAACGACUAUACAGAGACAAUAACAUGGAAACUUAUUGAACAGCAAAUUGUAAAGACUUUAAUGCAAACACAUUCAGUUAAAACCCUAGUCACUGCUCCUGAUAGAAGCUUAGACCCGGAGUUGCUGGAAAGAAAAGAGAAACUCAUAGCCCAGGUAACAGAAUACAGCCAGAAAGAGAGGACCCUAUUACAUUUAGAUGGGAUAUUGAAAGAGAGAGAGAUGCAACUAUUGGAAGCUAGAGAAGAGUGGGACAGAGUGUUCGGUGAUUUAAAGGACAACCAGAAUGUUCCGAGGAGUGAGGAAAGAGCGACUGGGCCUCUUCAUAAAAAAACUCCAAACGUUAGUCGACAAAAUGGAACUGAUGCGCUGGGUUAUUUCAAAACUGGUGACGUCACGAACCAGCGACUACGACUGGGCUGCGGAUCCACACAGGCGGCUGAAAGCACUAGCUCUUACGAGGCAGUGUCACACCGUACAUUCCUUCACUGAUGCUUGAUUAAAUAUUUCAUUUUAACAUCUGUUUCAUGAAUUAAGUGGUUGUUCGUCUGUGAUAUAUAUAGCCUGUGUGAGACAGUAAAGAUGGAGUUUUGCAAGCGGUUCAGUAGUUUUUGUGUGAAAGAUUACAAACAUACAAACAAAAGCACCAAUGCUUCGUUCGUUAGCUUAAAUGUUAUAAGUCGUCCUCGCGGUUAAAGUAAAUUCCUAUGGAAAAUGUUUAAUCGCGGUAUAAAGCCCAUUUCACUGUUUUAGCCUCUCUAUUUAUAUACAAAAAUCAUAUCACACUAUCCUUGCGACGUGAAAUAAAGACCAAACAUACUUUCUGUUUAUUAUAUUAGUUUAAUUAUAUGUAUUAUCCUACUGAUAUUAUAAACGCUAAAAUUUGUGAGGAUGGGUGUGUGUGUAGGUGUAAGUAUGUUUCUUACUCUCACGCAAAACUACUGAACCGAUUUCAAUGAAAUUUGUUACAUAGACAGAUGGACAACUGGAAUGACAUGUAGGCAACUUUUUAUCCCGUUAUUCCUACGAGAUACAGACUCACGCGAAUGAAACCGCGAGUCGCAGCUAGUAUUGCAAUAAAUUGUAAAUGUUACAUAGAGCAGAUUUCACAGAUUCUGAAUAUAUUCCAUUGGACUUUUCUGUAAGUUAAAAUGUAAGAAAUAUAUUAUGUUAUGAAAAAUCUUCAAAAGGUUAAAUAGAAUCUCAGGGGCAUUAUAUUAUUAUAUAUAAGUAAAAGACAAAAAUAGAAUUGCAAUUAUUUAUUCAAAUUUAUUAAAUUCAUGUUGUAUAAUGCUACACAAAACUAAAUGUAUAUGCUGUUGUGUUAUUGUCAAAUAAAUAUAGUCCUAAAUUUAAAUCAGGUAAUCAAAUCAAAAACAGUACCACAUAGAACUGUUGAUCGUGUAAAAAUUGCCAGAAAAAAAAAAA